UUUCACUUUCCCCGCCAUUUGUUUCUUUGAUAUUCUAUAUUCUUAAAUCACUCUAGGGCUCAGAAUCUCUGCAAAACCUAGUCUUCUCAAAUUCUCUCACAUAUACCCACAUUUUCGAACAAAUUACCAUUCGACGCCACUUACGGUCCAUGCUCUUAAUCCUCCCGUCGAGAAUUCAAAGGUUACUCAAUCGAUGAGCAAUUCAAAUAUCGGUGGCUCGAGCUCGGCCCCGGGCGCACUCCCGCGGGGUAUCGGCCUUUCGAACUCCAUACACUCUGACGUUGCCCCGUGCCUCCCUUUGCCUUCGCUUCCGGUGAACUGCGGGGCAUCUGAUUCAGACCUUCGGUUGUUCGAUGAGCCGAGUAGCACUGGUUACGGUGGCGUGCAGUCUUCGAAUCAGCGCCAGAUUCUUGAUCAAGCGAGUAGAAUCGCUGAUCUUCUUCGUGAAACGGAUGUUUCAUACUUGAACCUUAGAGAUGACACAAGGCCGGUUCCUUGUGAUCGUGUGGAGCCUUCAGAACUUUAUGAUCAGGUUAUCCGAUGCAAUCCUGAAGCAUUUGAGUAUGUAACGACUGGUCAUAUCCAGCAGGAAAUUUCUGUUAGUACAGUACAUGAAAGUAGGCACUUUGAACCCACUAUACCUGCCACAAAUCAAGUGGAAAAAGACUACAGUGGAAGUCGCAAUUUUCCAGUCCACCAUGAUCUUAGAAAUGAUAUCACAUCAUCUUCCAGAAAACCAAAGGUUAAAAAGAAAGUCAGAGAAGAUAUCUCAGCAACAGUUCAACCAGAUGCCGUUGAGCUUCAAGAUGCCACCAUUGCAAGCUUCUGUGAGUUGUUGGAGGACUUUUGUGGUAAAGCUGAAAUAUUGGAUGAUGAUAGGGAUGAAGCCGAGUGGUUGUCAGUGCCUGCUGCUGAUCUUAAAAUGCUUGUAAAUGAAAUAAUGACUAUACGUGCAAAAGAUCUUCUGCAUUUGGUUCCUGUAGAUGUCCUUGUUAGACUGUUACGGGUUCUCGAUCAUCAAAUACAUCGAGCAGAAGGUCUAUCGGUUGAUGAAUGCGACCAUCUGGAUUCAGAUGUUGUUACAGUGGUGAUUUGUGCCCUGGAGUCCAUUCAUGCAGCCUUAGCAAUAAUGGCUCACAAUCACAUGCCAAAGCAGCUUUAUAAGGAAGAGAUCAUUGAAAGAAUUCUCGAGUUUUCAAAGCAUCAAAUGUCAGAUGUCAUGUCAGCUUAUGAUCCAGCUUAUCGUGCUUUGCAUAAACCAAGUGAAGAUGGGGCAGUUGACGGUAAUGAAGAGGAGCCUGAUUCUGAGUUUGGUUCAGCAAGCAAGAAACGACGUAGUCUGAAGAGCAAUAAAGUGAAGAAAUCAGCAUUGAACAAGGUCUCCGGUGCUGUGCAUACUAUUCUUCAGAAACUGUGCACUAUUCUUGGUUUACUGAAGGAUUUGUUGUUGAUGGAGAGGCUAUCUGAUAGUUGCAUUUUACAGCUGUUGAAGGCGAGCUUUACGACAUUUUUAGUGGAUAAUAUCCAACUCUUGCAACUAAAGGCAAUUGGUUUAAUAAUCGGGAUAUUUUAUUCAUACACACAGCAUCGCACGUAUGUGAUAGAUGAAAUACUUCAGCUGCUUGUGAAAUUACCAAUUUCAAAGCGGGCACAAAGAGCCUAUCACCUACCUGAUGAAGAGCAGAGGCAGAUCCAGAUGAUCAGUGCUCUGCUGAUUCAGUUGGUUCACAGUAGUGCAAACCUACCUGAAACUUUAAGGCAAGCAUCUAGUGGAAAUUCCAUCAUAGAAGUCUCCUUCGAUGCUAGUUACCAGGCCAAAUGUCAUGAAGCAGCCACAGAAACUUGUUGUCUCUUUUGGACCCGUGUUCUCCAGCGAUUUGCAUCUGUCAAGACCCAGGAUGCUUCUGAGGUGAAAUUGAUGGUAGAGAAUCUUGUUACAGAUCUACUGACAACGUUGAAUUUACCAGAAUAUCCUGCUUCAGCUCCUCUUUUGGAGGUUCUUUGUGUUUUGCUACUACAGAAUGCUGGGCUGAAAGCUAAAGAUAUCUCUGUACGUUCCAUGGCUAUUGACCUUCUUGGUACAGUGGCUGCAAGGUUAAAGCACGAUUUCGUCCUUUGUAGGAAGGACAAGUUUUGGAUAUUACAGGAAUUGGCUAGUGGAGAUGGUGUUGAGCAGAGUUAUCCAAAAGAUGCAUGUUCUGUUUGUUUGGAUGGAAGAUUUGAUAAACCACUGCUUAGGUGUAAAGGUUGUCAGAGAAUGUUUCAUAUGGAUUGCAUGGGUGUAAGAGAACAUGAAGUUCCCAUCCGUAGCUGGCACUGUCAGAUUUGCCUUUGCAGGAAGCAGCUUCUCGUUUUACAAUCAUAUUGCAAGUCACAGUGCAAGAAUGAUGAGAAGCAGCAUACUCGGUCGAAAAACAAUUCUGAAGCUUCUGAUGCAGUUACGAACGUUGAAAUUCUCCAACAGAUGCUAAUGAAUUACCUCCAAGAAGCUGGUUAUGUUGAUGAUAUGAAUCUCUUUGUUCGCUGGUUUUAUCUGUGUAUCUGGUACAAGGAUGAUCCGCAGUCUCAACAAAAGUGUGAUUAUUACAUUGCUAGACUGAGAUCAAAGGCCAUAGUGCGUGAUUCUGGGCAAUCUUCAGUAUUGAUGAGGGAUUCUGCAAGGCAGAUUACUUUGGCUCUGGGACAAAAUAGUUCAUUCUCUCGAGGGUUUGAUAAGAUUCUUCAUAUGCUUCUGGCAAGCUUAAGGGAGAACUCUCCUGUGAUUAGGGCCAAGGCUUUACGGGCGGUUAGCAUUAUUGUAGAGGCUGAUCCAGAGGUCUUGGGUGACGAGCGUGUGCAAUUGGCUGUUGAGGGAAGAUUUUGUGAUUCUGCAAUUUCUGUAAGAGAAGCAGCUUUGGAGCUUGUCGGUAGGCAUAUUGCUUCCUAUCCCGAUGUUGGUCUGAAGUAUUUUGAGAAGGUUGCAGAGAGGAUAAGAGAUACUGGAGUUAGUGUCCGAAAACGAGCCAUCAAAAUUAUCCGAGACAUGUGCACUUCCAAUGCCAACUUCUCCGGAUUUACGAGUGCUUGUAUUGAGAUAAUUUCUCGUAUUAGUGAUGAUGAAUCAAGUAUUCAGGAUCUUGUCUGCAAGACAUUUUAUGAGUUUUGGUUUGAGGAACCUUCUGGUUCCCAGAUGCAAUAUUUUGGAGAUGGUAGUUCUGUACCUUUGGAAGUGUCAAGGAAGACUGAACAGAUUGUUGAGAUGUUGAGGAGGAUGCCAAAUCAUCAACUCCUUGUCGCUGUGAUAAAGCGCAACUUGGCUCUUGAUUUUUUUGCACAAUCAGCUAAAGCUGCUGGGAUUAACCCCAUGUUACUAGUAUCGAUACGGAAGCGUUGCGAGUUGAUGUGCAAGUGCUUACUAGAAAGGAUAUUGCAGGUGGAGGAAAUGAAUAGUGUGGAAAUGGAGGGGCAUACGCUUCCGUAUGUGCUGGUCCUGCAUGCAUUUUGCGUUGUGGACCCAACUUUAUGUGCACCAUCCUCCGACCCCUCCCAGUUUGUGGUGACAUUACAGCCAUAUCUCAAGAGUCAGGUUGAUAAUCGAGCAGUGGCACAGUUACUGGAGAGUAUAAUAUUUAUAAUAGAUGCUAUUAUACCCUUGAUACGGAAGUUACCUCCGAAUGUUGUUGAAGAACUUGAACAAGAUUUGAAGCAAAUGAUUGUUCGGCACUCUUUUUUGACAGUUGUUCAUGCCUGCAUCAAGUGCCUUUGUUCUGUUAGUAAAGUGGCAGGAAAAGGUUCUACUAUAAUAGAGUAUCUCAUUCAAGUAUUUUUUAAACGUUUGGAUGCCCCUGGGACAGAUAACAAGCAGCUAAUGGGACGUUCUCUAUUUUGCCUUGGGUUGCUUAUCCGGUAUGGCAACUCAUUGUUGAGCUCUUCUGGUGGAGCUUUUGAUGUAAGAAGCAGUCUCAGCUUGUUUAAGAAGUAUCUUAGCAUGGAAGAUUUUGGAUUAAGGGUCAGAUCUUUACAGGCAUUGGGCUUUCUUCUUAUUGCUCGGCCUGAAUGUAUGUUGCAAGAGGACGUUGGAAAGAUAUUAAAUGAGUCUUUGUCCUCUUCUAACGUUCGUCUUAAGAUGCAAGCAUUGCAAAAUAUGUUCGAAUAUCUUCUCGAUGCAGAAAGCCAAAUGGGAGAUGACAAAGCUAAUAAUGAUGUACAACAUUACUCUGUUGAAGGUGUCCACAGUGUACCUGUUGCUGCAGGUGCGGGUGAUACUAAUAUAUGUGGGGGUAUAGUUCAAUUGUACUGGAACAAUAUUUUGGAGAGGUGCUUGGAUUUUAGUGAGUCAGUUCGCCAGACUGCAGUUAAGAUUGUGGAGGUUGUGCUACGGCAAGGUCUUGUUCAUCCCAUUACUUGUGUACCAUACCUUAUAGCAUUGGAAACCGAUCCUCAAGAGCUGAAUUCAAAGUUGGCACAUCAUUUGCUGAUGAAUAUGAAUGAGAAGUACCCUGCUUUUUUCGAAAGCAGGAUAGGGGAUGGCCUUCAGAUGUCCUUUGUUUUCAUGCAAUCUGUUUGCAGUCGUUUGCCUGAAAAUGUAAAGCAAAAAGUCCAGACCAAGGCUUCUGGAAAUUUGACUGGGAAAUCCGACAUUUCUUUCACUCAGGCAAGGCUUGGAGUUUCACGAAUUUACAGGCUCAUUCGUGGAAACCGGUUGUCAAGGAACAAAUUUAUGUCCUCAAUUGUGCGAAAAUUUGACAGUCCAGCUGUUAGAGAUUCCAUUGUCCCUUUCUUGAUGUAUUGCUCUGAAAUUCUAGCUUUGUUACCAUUUACUUCACCUGAUGAGCCUCUGUAUUUAAUUUAUGCUAUAAAUCGAGUUAUACAAGUUAAGGCUGGGCCUCUUGAGGCAAAUAUGAAAGGUCUGAUUUUGCAUUUGUCACAACGCGAUGCCCAGCGGAUGCUUCACGGGAAUAGGUUGAUUCAGCAUGAGCCAACUCUGACCGAUUUGAAUUAUGUGAUGGAUUUGAAUCAGAAAAGUCAGCAAGAGCCAGCUAUUCAACCUGUUUUAAAUUAUGCGACAUCAUUUGAUUUGAAUGGAAUGAUUCAUCAAGAGCCAGCUGAUACCCCUGCAAAUCUUAUUCCCUCAGAGAAGCUAAAGCCAGAUGUGACAAGCUUGGAUGAAUCUUGUUAUAUGUCCCAAGAUGUUAUGCAAAAGAUCCAGGUUGAUUGUGUUGCGGCUACAGCACUGCAGCUUCUUAUGAAGUUAAAGAGGCAACUUAAAAUUGUUUAUAGCUUAAAUGAUGCCCGCUGCCAGGCUUUUUCUGCGAAUGAACCCCCAAAAUCAGGAGAGGUCCUCACUAGGCAGAACGCUCCUUUUGACAUCAGUGCAACCCGCACCAGUUUGCCUUCCACACCUCAAGAUUUGGUAGAGAGAUAUCAGGAAUUCAAGAGGGCUUUAAAAGAAGACACUAUUGAUUACUCAACGUACACAGCUAAUAUUAAGAGGAAGCGCCCCACCCCCAGGAAAGGGGGGAAACGUACAGCAGGCGGCUACUUUGAAGAGGAUGAUGAUGAAGACGAUGCAGCAUGGGCAGGUGGGGUUCGAAGGCUAAGUGGUAGCGGCAGAAAAGGUAACGGCAAUAGAGCAAACAGGCAGCGAUUGUAGUUUGUAUGUAACUUGUAGGCUAAAUUGUACAUUAAUUAGGUUCAAAGGAAUACAGAUAGGACAAACCAGAGCGAAAAAGAAUAGAAUUGUUGAAAUAGAAAGAAGAAACCUGUAAGGGGGCUGUUAUAUAAUUGGCUGUUGUAGAAGGGGGCGUUUUCUCUUGCUGAUUCCAUUUUGUAAUCCUUUUGGCAUUUGUUAAACUGAAUUCUUUUGCUUCUAAUGAAAUUCAAUGUUCUUAGUUA